CAACGAGCCAACCAACCAACGAUUUUGCGCAUGCUCGCCGAUAAAUACCUAUUUAAAAGCGAAACGCCGAAGUGGAAGAUAUUGCAGUAAACGGUCAAACGUACACAGAUAUGAGUAACUGCAUUGCAAAAUCAAUUGGCGGGUGUUAAAAAGUUAUACACGAAAAAUUUGUAAAUAAAUAAUUCUUGUAGAUAAGCUUUGAUUGAGUUCAGUAGAGCAGUGUGACGCGGACCACAAAGUGGCGAAGUGCUACUUAUUGCAUUUCAUUUGAAUUGGCUUUAUUCAAUUUUUUUACCAUUUAGUGAUUCGAUUUGAAAUGAGUUGCUAAUUGUGCUUGAGGUCAGUUCGACCUUAGUGAGGAAAAAAAAAACAAAAACAGACGCACAUAAGCAGAGAAAUAAGAAAAAAAAAUAGGCAACACAGCUAAUAUAGGCAAUAAUAUCAAUCAAACCACAACAACAACGAAAUACAAAACAGAAACAAUAUUCGGCAAUCAGACAGUCGGAUGGAAAAAUGAAAGUACAGCAAAUGUUGCAGCCACAUUGGCUCUCGUGCAUCUACUCCAUAGCCAUUGUUGUUGCCACUGUUGCUGAUUACGCAAGCGCGCUGCAACCGCCACAGCCACAAGCACAGCCAGAGCCGCAGUCACAGCGCGCACAAGAGCAAGAGCAGCCAAAAGCACUGGCCCAAAAACAACUUCAACAUGCGGAAGUGAACCAUACCACAAGUGAAUCGUUGAGAUUUGGCGUAAAAAUUGUUGACUAUCCUGUUGCUAAGUUAAAAAGCAGCAACACUUCUAUUAAUGCUACCCACUAUCAAAAAGACGCAAAUCGAAACGAACAACAACAACAGCAACAACUACAAUCCGUUAUACAGGCGGUGAAUAGCAUACCAGCGCCAAGGGUUGCGAGGCGGUAUGAUGCGCCCACCGCUCCAGCCACUCAACUAGUUGCUCAAUAUGAUGUGCCGCUCGUGCAGAAGAGCCGUGUUGCAAGCAGCACAGGAAAGCCAUCUUCGGUUGGGAUGGCAGCUCGCACAGUGAUAUCUAGGUCAAAGCAAGAAGGUUCUAACUCACGAUCGAAUUCACGCGAUAGUACAGCAGCUGCGACAUCAACAGGUCAACGUUCGAAUUCUUUAGAUUCCCAAGCUCAAAGUGCACGGCAGCCAGCAGCUAGUCGUGUUCGCAAUUCAAAUGCUUCAAAUGUGGCAAAGCAGCAAACGCGAAGGAGGGAUGAGAAGCGCAGCAAAGUAGUGUCACAGCCAUCAUCAUCAGUGCCAGCAGUCAGUGCUGGCAAUCGGCGGGAGGUGAAUAAAUCGCGAAAAGUUGUGAGUGCAACAAAUACAGCAAUUAGUAGUGUGACAACUACAGCAGUAACGCCGACGUCCACAUCCACGCCCAAACCCACAACUGUUCGCUCACCAUCGAAUAUCAAUAGUGCACCAGGUAAUCCUUUCAGUUUUUUCUCUCCCGCACUUUGGGGUCUCUCCAGCCCUCCUAAGCCAUCACCUAAACCACCAUCGACCAAAAAACCACCAAAAAAGUACACACCACCACCAUCUCCCGUUGUUACAUCAACGCAACCAACUAAGGAAAAGAAAAACAAUUAUCAAAAGCCAGUAGUUCCAACAACAACAGCUUCUCUAGUUUCAAAUGAAAUUCAAACAACAACACCUGCAUCCAAAAAGAGUACCACUGAUGGUCCAUUUCGCAUCGCCUUGCCCACAUUUAACUUAUUUAAUGCUCCGGCCCAAAGGUCAAACGAUCCGGCUAGUGAGAAGGACAAACGCAACAUAGCGCAAAACCUACGCAACCAAUUCAAUUGUCCGCGCGAGAGUGAGGUACGUUUUCAGCUCUUUCCCAAAAUUUGUAAAAACGAUGAGGACUGCACCGUUUGGAAUCGCGAUGAGCUGUGCUGUGAAAUAUUUGGCGCAAAAAGUUGUGUAUCGGGCAUACCCAAGCCACUUGAAGAGACUUCGCAUACACCCAUAUUGGGAUUAAUACCACGCAAAUGCCCUGCCCGUCCAUUAGCAGAGCUAUGGUGGCAAGUGCAGGAGUGCCAAACAGAUAUGGACUGUUGGCCGCGAGUUUGUUGUCCUGACGGAAAUAAACGUUAUUGCAGAACCUCACAGCCGGAGCUGGAAACAGUGCCAGUGCCGGUGAAGCGUUCGUUCAAUUAUCUGACCGAGUACCUUGAAUGCACGCCAGCACCGCCACCUAUCUUCGAUCUACAUCCAAAGACCUGCGCAUCCACUCUGGACUGUUUUCCGAAUGUUUGUUGCCAGGAGGCUGGCUUGCGGCAUUGUCGCCCACCGAAAAAGUCUUUACUCACUUUGAUGGCGAAUUUCCUAAAUGUCGAUUUCGUUAAAAGGCUUGCACAAAAUAUUGUUAUAAAGUGAUUUACCUAGUUGAUUGAAAGUACCUAUUACCAUACAUAUGGAUUUAAAUUUGCCCAAAAUUCAUUGGCAUUUUUAAAAUAGGGUAUUUUUCGCGGUCAAGUGAUAUGUAUUCAUACUUACUUACGAAUAUUGAAAUGUGUCUGUAUAAGAGAUAUGUAUGCACGUAUACUAAAAAUGCGUUUGUAUUAUACGUAUACGUACUUUAAACUGUUGAUGUGUUUUUGGUGAUAUUAAAAUUUUUUAUAAUCUAAUAUUUACUUUUUACAACGUUUUUGCAAAUAUUUGUAAGCGAAUAUAUCGAACCGACAAGCAAGAAGCCUAAAAUAAAAGGCAAUCGUAAAUAGAAGAGCUAUAACAGAUAAAAAAUUGAUGGAUGCUCCGAAAUUUGUAUUACAAGUAUAAGAUGUACAAGGUGUAGACAUGGAGUUAUGUAUACAACACAAUAUUCGAUGAAUGGCGCUUUUUUUAACAAAAUUAUUUCGAACGGCGGACGCCGUAGCCGAAUGGGUUGAUGCGUGACUAUGGAUUCGAAAACCCGGCAACGAAACAUCAAAUUAUGAAAAAGAUUUUUUUAAAAGCGGUCAGCUUUCGACAACUUCCGUGAAAAAAUCUAACCAUAUCGCCGUAACGCGAGAUAAUGACCUUUUUGUUAAUAAUUAUUUUGUCAACUGUAAUAACUUCGACAGUAAAUUUUAAAAUUUGUUAAGCGUUUGCGUACGUUUAGUCCUGACUAAAUGACAUAACAAUCCCUACCCACUUACCCAAACCAAAAAAAAAAGCUAAGUUCAAUAGUAAGUUCAUAAAGGUCGCCGUAACAAAUGUGUUGUGACUGGCGUUCGCUAGUACCCCGGCUCGAAACCCCAGGCAUGAAACACUAAAUGAUCAAAAAAGAUUUCUAUAAUAGCGGUUGCCCCUCGGCAGAUAAUGAAAAGCCUCCGAGUGUAUUUCUGCAAAGAAAAAGCUCUUCAUAAAAAACCAUUUGUCACUUGAAGGCGGCAUAAAACUGCAAGCCCUUCCAUUUGCGGAAAAACAUCAAGACUCAGUUCACAAAUAGGAGGCGGCGCUUGGACAAAUAUCCAAUAAAGGGUGUAAGUUAUGUACAUAUAGACAUAAGAAAUAUGAUAAUGAAAAAAUGGACAAAUUUGCCCCCAGAUUUUACUCUAUUUGCCUGCGACUUCCAUUCAAAAUAAAGAUGUUUAAUUGAUCCAAAUAUACAUUUUUUAUUAACUUUAAGGAACAUAACACAUGGACCGAAAAGUACUUUAUCUAAUAAUACGUUUUUUUGUUGUUCAAAAUUAGCUUUGUUCAUCAACGUAAUUUCCACCAUGAACAACGCAAUCGUUCCAUCGUCGCUCUAACAUUUCAAUACCACUUUUGUAGAAAACAUUUCUUACCAGCGAACAUUUUUCUUAGAUCUGCGAAGAGCCAAUAGUCGCUGGGAACCAAAUCUGGUGAAUAUGGGGGUUGAGGGAGAAAUUCGAAGUUCAAUUC